AUGCCCCUAUGGGGAAGACCACCAGGAGCACAUCUGGGGAGACAAACAAGGAAACGAGGGGGUCCGUGGGUGGAUAAGGAUAGGCGGGUCGAGGAGAUUAAUAAUGAAGCAGAAAGUCAAUUGAAUAUGAGGGACGAUCGACUGUUGGUGAGAAGUGACGGGUGGCGGAGAUCUACGACUGAACGCGAUGGGCACAAUCAUGCGCUUGACCAAUCUGAUGGCGCGGAUUAUGAUAUUUACGAGGACACCGACACUACGGUUGCGUAUGCUGUACAGCUUGCGAUGAAGGACAAUGAGGACUGGCUGGUGGAGAAGGCGUUGGAGCGGAUUCGACGCGCACACGCGGAAGGGCAAAAGAACGUUACCUUGUCCAAGCGGGAACUCGAGGCACUAGAGCGCAAGCGACUGCAGGAAGCUCCAAAGCCAUCGGUUGACACUAAGCGAUUGAGCGGAGCGGCCUGGCGGAGCGAAACCGCUACCAUGCACCCUCCUCCAUACCCCCUGGACACCAGUGUUCACGGUGCUUGGGCUAGAACAACGGGAACUGCAGUCAGCGCACUCAGUCCGCAAUCAUCAACGACGACCCUUCGGUCUCCCCUGCAACCGCCUUUCCCGGGACCCGCGAAUCAUGCUCCGGCAUUCUUGGCUCCUCCCCCAGUCCGGCGACCAUAUCCAGACGAUUACCAGCGCAUGCCCCCAUACCCAGUGUCACACUCAAGAGAAGCCGUUCGAUCUAUACACAGCCCCGUUGACGCCUUGCGCGGAUCGCCAACCCGACCGACUCAAGCGUCUUACGCGGACAACCCGCCGCGGUCUUCCUUUGUUUCGGCGGACGCUCCGCUGUCCGCACCUGAGUCAGUCGUCAGCCAAAACAGCGAGGGCGGAAAAGCUAGCCCCAGACGACGCAGUUCAGUUAAUAGUAGCGGUGAUGAAGUCCAUAUCGUGGAAGUCAUGGAACACAAGGUGCCCAGUAACUCAAUCGGGGUCGCUGGAAAGAGCCGCCAACACAUCAGUCGAUCUUGA